AUGGCACCACUUCUAUUCGUUCACCAUUGUGUCGCUGCUCCCAGCCCUGUUGACCUAGUCGCAGCGGCGUCGUCGCCAAGGGUCGACGAAUUCUACAAUUCAUCGUACCUGUCGCGACGCGCUGUCCUAGGGGAUGACUUCCCUGGCAUUGACCACUCUCACGGAGCUCGCCAGCCACACGAGCACACUCUGACCGAGAGCGAUAUGAAAGUUCUUGAGCUCUACAACGCCUUCGAACUUCCGUCGAUCCCCGUCCGUCAAGCAUUGUUUGAGAUCUUCUACGAAAGAUGCUGGACUUGGAUGCCUGUUGUUGAUGAUGGGACAGCCUCCGCCGACAAAUCUUCCAGAGUGACCUCUUUGCUGGUCCUGCAAGCGGUUCUGCUAACUGCUGCCUCAACCAAACCCAAGAGUGACAUGACUCUUCCAGCCCAUCCACAAUACCGUCGCAUCAAAGCUAUAAUUGAUACCGGUGCUGAGAGAAACCCGCUCAAUCUACUUGCAGCAUUAUGCUUGAUACAAUUCUAUGCGCCAGCAGCGCCGAAAGACAUCUCCACCGACCAUCCAAGAUUCUGGGGUAACUAUGCGCUCGGUCUCGCUCAGCAGAUGGGCCUCAAUAUGAAGUCAACCAGGCACAACAACCAGGAGAGGCUCAGGCGAAGGAUAUGGUGGACUUUAUACGCAAGGGACAGUAUCAUGUCAUCUGCUCAUGGACGUCCCCGAAUAGUCAACCCCACAGAUUGCGGUAUUGAACCGCCGUCCAUAUACGACUUUCCAGAUCCCAGUGACAUUCGCGCACAGAUAUUUGUUUCUUACGUUGCAAUCACAGACAUCCUGUGUGAUCUAUGCCAAUUGCUGGCUCGGCGGAAUGAUCCAUCACCUGCAGAAAAGAACAAAGUAGGUCUCAGACUGAUGGAAUUCGUUCGAUCGUUGCCGCUCGCGCUCCGACUUAUUCAAGCGGAUGGAACUGCAAAGCCAUACUCUUUCGAUUUGGCUCAGUUACAUAUACACUUACUCACGACGAUCAUUAUCCUUUACCGUCCACGAUCCAUCUUUUUUGUCCCGCCGGCUAGCUCACCGGCUAUUGUGGCAUCAAAUCUCAGCUUCCGCAUUUUUGAAGCAAUGGAGCUGCGGGGCCAUACCUGCUCCCUCAGUUCGGGCUUCGCGUGGCAUUUACUUGUCACCGCUAUUCCUCAGCUCUCCUGCCUUGGAAUCCCAUCGUUGCGGGACGAAUGCAAGGGUAACCUUGACACACUCGAGGCUUGUCUUCGGACACUUGCGUCCACCAGGCCAUCUGCAGCAAACAACUUACGCAACAUACAGGAGAUCCGCAGGGUGCUGGAAUCAAAAGAACCACCCCCACUGCCGCGUCUCGGCCUCAACGCAUCGGCGGAUACUUUGUCCUUUUCCCCUCUUGAUCUGUUCGACCCUUAUGGAGCGGACGUUCCAAAAAUAUAUGACCGCAUUACUGCCGCGCUUGAACCCCCGGGAAGCAGAGCGUUGCGGGGUGGUCAGAUUGCCGAAAACUCAAAUUCUGGAGAUCAAAACGUGUCAGACAUGUUAUAUGCUCACACGCCAUCGUUUACACCAACACCAACCAACCCAGCUGGCGGAAUUGCAUUGGACGACGUUCCGGACUUCGAACUGCUUGGUAGUAAUUUUCCCGAAGACGGCUGGAUGCGAAACUGGGUUAACGACCUGCACUUUUUCAACGAGUGA